AGCUGAAUCAUCAAAAUAUUUGAGUGGCAACAAUGAACAAACAACAGAGAACCGGCGAAUCGGAAAAAGACGACAACGGCGCCGGAAUAUUUUGCCGGGUGGCUCAUCUUGUCUUGCCAUACUUAGAGCCGGCCGGUCUAGCCUCCGUUUCAGCAACCUGCAACGUGUUACAUGUAGUUUCCAAGGCUAUUACUUCAACACGAAUCUCCGAUGCUUCUAGAAACUUGGAGAAUUACCCUAUUCCUUUCUUCAACUCCGUCGAUUCCGAACUUUACGCCAAUUUCAUCUAUUCUCCUGUUCAGACCUUACCCACCUUUCCAACCAUCCCAUGGGGAGGUGGAUCGGGUCGGGUUAAGCCGGACCCGUUUCUAGUUCGGGUGGAGGGUGCUUAUGGGUGCGAUUGUGAGAGUUGCGACUUGGACUCCGGUUCUAAUUGCGCAUGUGUGGAUUUUUCUGAGUUGCCGACCCGAGAAUGCGGGCCAAGUUGCGGUUGCGGGUUGGAGUGUGGUAAUAGGUUAACUCAGAAAGGAAUUUCAGUGAAGCUGAAGGUUGUGAAGGAUAGGAGAAAAGGCUGGAGCUUGUGUGCUGCUGAAUUCAUUCCAAAAGGGAAAUUCAUAUGCGAGUAUACAGGAGAACUUUUGACCACUGAGGAAGCAAGAAAUCGCCAGUGGCUAUAUGACAAACGUACGAAGAGUGGCCACUUUUCACCUGCACUCCUGGUUGUGAAGGAGCACCUUCCAUCUGGAAAUGCGUGUAUGAGGAUCAACAUUGAUGCUACCAGAAUCGGCAAUAUUGCCCGCUUCAUUAACCAUUCCUGUGAUGGUGGUAACCUUUCUACAUUGAUAGUGCGAAAUUCUGGAGCUCUGCUACCCAGAGUCUGCUUUUUCUCUUCCAGGGUCAUUUUGGAAAAUGAAGAGCUCGCUUUCAGUUACGGGGACACUACAGUAAACUCUACAGGCUCUCAAUGCUUUUGCAGUAGUGCUUGUUGUUCUGGAAUCCUUCCAGCAGAGCACACAUGAUGUAGUAAGCAGAGGAAUCACCAGUCCUAUACCUAAACCUCACACUUAUGCUAUUUGAGGCUAUGCCUGGUCUUCGCAUCAAUAUGUCAAAUGUAUCAUCUACCAUAUGAAUGAAGUAUCGGAACUGAAUAUGCUAGCUGAGAUCUGUAAUAGUGUGAAACAAAAGUUUGAAAAGAGGCUAGCCUCUUGGCAAGGCCUAUCUCCCUUAAGAGGCAGAUUGGUCCUUAUGAAUGGUGUCCUGAACAGCAUACCAACCGAUUUCAUGUCACUCUUUUUAUAUCAGCCAAAUUCCAAAAUCAGUUAGACUCAGGAGUACCUUCCUAUGGGAGGGUAACAGUCUUGCCGCAAAUUCCAUCUAGUGAAAUGGCCUAAAGUCACACUUCCUAAACCAUUGGGUGGACUGGGAGUGAAGGAUCUGGCAGUCCACAAUAAAGGCAUGUUAAUGAAAUAGCACUGGAGAUGUAAUUUGGAAGAUCCCAGGCUAUGCAAAGAUGUCAUCACAGCAAAAAAUGGAAGUCACUCUUAGCUGGAUAUCCAAUCUAGUCACAAUACCUCAUGGCAAAGGAAGAGUUGAGCCAUAUGGCAGGAUUUCUCAUCCAAUAUGGGUAGGGAACUCACCUCUAAACCAAACCUUCCCAUAUAUUUUCCUUAUUACAGCCAAUCAAAACUCCAGUAUUGCAUAGAAUAGAGAGAACACCCUGAGCCCUCUUUUGAGGAGACAUCUUCAAGAUGAGGAAGUUGAUGACUUAAUGACACUCCUGUACUCUUUGCAGCAUUUAACAGUGAACAAUCACAAUGCAGCAGACAGGCUGAAGUGGGGUUGCUCAAGAGAAGGGUCAUAAUCAGUCAAGUCAGCCAAAGCCCUUAUGUGCUCCAGUAAGACAAUGAUUCAUUGAUGGCCUUGGAAGCUGAUCUGGAGAACUAGACUCCCUACAAAGAUGAUGCGCUUCAGCUGGACAGUCUUAAAAUGAGCAUGCUUGACACAAGACAACCUCAGCAGUAUAUAAAAUCCAGUUAGUCAAUAGAUAACCACAUGUGUCAAUUCCAGUUUAGAAUCUAUCCCCCACCUCUUCAUUCAGUGUCCAGUUGCAGCAAAUAUUUGGUAUAUGUCUUUUAACAUUAUCUGGACAGCAAUGUGCUAUACCUUACAAAGUCAAAGACUUUUAUGAAGCCUAGUGUCUCAAGAAA